CGCGGGUCUCGGCGCAUGAUUGGCCGAAGCUCUGGCGCUCCCCUUCUCCGCCCCCUUCGGCGGGGUGAGAGGUCAGCAGAGCGCCGGUCGGCAGGGGCGACAAUGGCGGGGCUCUGGGCUGGGGCGGCGGCGCUGGUCGGGGCCGGACGGCGUGGGCGGCGGUUGCCGCAGCCGCUGAUGCGGAGCUCAGCGCUGUGGACCCUGAAGCAUGUCCCACACUACUCAAGACAGCACUUAAUGGUGUCCCGUAGUCUCUGUUCAGCAGGAUAUGAUUCUAAUGAAAAAACUUUUGAUAAAAUUCUUAUUGCUAAUAGAGGAGAAAUUGCAUGUAGGGUUAUUAAAACUUGCAAGAAGAUGGGCAUUAAGACAGUUGCCAUCCACAGUGAUGUUGAUGCUAGUUCUGUUCAUGUGAAAAUGGCGGAUGAGGCUGUCUGUGUUGGCCCAGCUCCCACCAGUAAAAGCUACCUCAACAUGGAUGCCAUCAUGGAAGCCAUUAAGAAAACCAGGGCCCAAGCUGUACAUCCAGGUUAUGGAUUCCUUUCAGAAAACAAAGAAUUUGCCAAAUGUCUGGCAGCAGAAGAUGUCAUUUUCAUUGGACCUGACACACAUGCCAUUCAAGCCAUGGGUGACAAGAUUGAAAGCAAAUUAUUAGCUAAGAAAGCAAAGGUUAACACAAUCCCUGGCUUUGAUGGAGUAGUCAAGGAUGCAGAUGAAGCUGUCAGAAUUGCAAGGGAAAUUGGCUACCCUGUCAUGAUCAAGGCCUCAGCAGGUGGUGGUGGGAAAGGCAUGCGAAUCGCCUGGGAUGAUGAAGAGACCAGGGAUGGUUUUCGAUUUUCAUCUCAAGAAGCUGCUUCUAGUUUUGGUGAUGAUAGACUACUAAUAGAAAAAUUUAUUGAUAACCCUCGUCAUAUAGAAAUCCAGGUUUUAGGUGAUAAACAUGGGAAUGCUUUGUGGCUCAAUGAAAGAGAAUGCUCAAUUCAGCGAAGAAAUCAGAAAGUGGUGGAGGAAGCACCCAGCAUUUUUCUGGAUUCUGAGACUCGAAGAGCGAUGGGAGAACAAGCCGUAGCUCUCGCCAAAGCAGUAAAAUAUUCCUCUGCUGGAACCGUAGAAUUCCUUGUGGACUCAAAGAAGAAUUUUUAUUUUUUGGAAAUGAAUACGAGACUCCAGGUGGAGCAUCCUGUCACAGAAUGCAUUACUGGCCUGGACCUAGUCCAAGAAAUGAUCCGUGUUGCCAAGGGUUACCCUCUCAGGCACAAACAAGCUGAUAUUCCCAUCAACGGCUGGGCAGUUGAAUGUCGGGUGUAUGCUGAGGACCCCUACAAGUCUUUUGGUUUACCAUCCGUUGGGAGAUUGUCUCAGUACCAAGAACCAAUACAUCUACCUGGUGUCCGGGUUGACAGCGGCAUCCAACCAGGAAGUGACAUUAGCAUUUAUUAUGAUCCAAUGAUUUCAAAACUGAUCACAUAUGGUUCUGAUAGAACUGAAGCACUGAAGAGAAUGGAAGAUGCACUGGAUAAUUAUGUUAUUCGAGGUGUUACACAUAAUAUUGCAUUGCUCCGAGAGGUGAUAAUCAACUCACGUUUUAUAGAAGGAGACAUCAACACUAAAUUUCUUUCUGAUGUGUAUCCUGAUGGCUUUAAAGGACACAAGUUAACAGAGAAUGAGAGAAACCAAUUAUUGGCAAUAGCAUCAUCAUUGUUCGUGGCAUUCCAAUUAAGAGCACAACAUUUUCAAGAACAUGAAAAUUCAAGAAAAAAGGAUCUUGACCCUGCUAAUUUGGACAUUAUUAGAGAGGAAGAACAAAGAGAAAAAGAGAAAAGAUGGCAGGUGACUGAGCAGCUCUGAAGAACACAGAUCAGAAACUCAGAUUACCCUCUGAGAAUUAGUGUUCAUAUCCUGAUGCCCUUCAGAUGUUAUUUGGACCUUGACCAUUUCUGAAGUCCUGAGGGUCACUAAUUAUGAAGUGGUUUGAUCUUUAAGAUAUGUAUUCAAAUUAUUUUCAGAGAGUACUGAGUUACCACUGGCAAAAAUCUGAAAAAGGUUUAAAAAGGAAAAGAAUAAAAAUUACUUGUAUCCCACAAACUUUUCAGGAAGUACUUUUUCACAUUUUGAUGUAUUCCUUUCUAAGUGUAUAUAUGUGUGUAUAUUUAUAGACAUACAUACAUGUAGCAUGCAUAUACCUCACAUAGAGUCAUACUGGGAAUAUAGUUUGACUUCUAUUUUUUAUUGUAAUAUUAUGUUGUGAAUAUUAUUUUUAUUCCCUAGUCUUUAGAAGCAUAUUUUAAAAUUUUUAUUACAGAAUUUAAAACAUAUGGAAACUUUUGCUCUCCAAAAGAUACCAUUGAGAAAACUAUAAAAUAAUAUAUGUAGCAAAUGGCAGAAUGUAUCCAGAGAUAUAUAGAUAUAUAGGUAUAUAGAUAAGGAACUUGAGUUUAUAAUGUAUAAAUACUUCUUAAAACUCAAAAAUAAGCCAGACACCCCAAUUAAAAAAAUAGAAAUCUUUAUUAAAGGAGUUAUAUGAAUGGCAAUAAGUUCAUGAAAAGGUGUUCAGCAUCAUUAAUCACUAGAGAAAGACAAAAUCACAUUGCUACACUAAUACACACCAACUAGAAUAAUGUACAUUAAGUGGUAAGUGGAUAAAUAGUUGUGGUAUAUUCAUACAAUGAAAUACUAUUUAGCAGUAAAGUAGAAAAAUGUACUGGUAUAUGUAUCACCAUGUAAAAAAAAAAGAAAGUCCUGCUAAGAGAAACCAGAUUAAAGAAGACUAUAUAGUCUGUAGUUUUAUUUGAAAUUUCUAGUAAAGGCAAAAAUAUAAUGAUGGGAAGAUCAGUGGUUCCCUGGAUGCAGGUGUUGAUGUCAUAGAAUUACGUCUUCACACAUUCUGUGCCCCAAACCAUAAAUUAAUAAUUCUUUUAAAUGUAUUAAUUUCUUAAAUUAUGUAGAAAACAAAAUAUGGACUUUCAAAAAAAGUUAUAAUAAUAACAGCUAUUAUUAUUGUCCAUAAUAAUAUGGACUUUACUGAGACAUUUAUUUAUUUAUGUGGCUUCCUGGCACUGUCUGGAGUCCUUCCAUUUCAACUUGCAAGACUGCCUUCUGCAUUUAUUGCAGGGCAGGUCUAGUGGUCAGAAACUCACAAACUGCCUCAGUUUCUCUUUAUCUGGGAGUGUCUUAAUUUCCAAUUUUAUUUCUUAAUCCAGUUUUGCUGGAUUUCGGAUUCUUAGUUGACAGGUUGUUUUGUUUUUUGGUUUUUUUUUUUCUUUUAGCACAUCGAAUGUAUCAGCUUACUGCCUCUGGCCUCUUCAAUUUCUGUUGAAAAUCGGACAGUCUUAUUGAAUAUCCUUUGGAGGUUGAUUUGCCUGUCUCUUACUACUUUCAAGAUUUUCUCUUUGGCUUUUGAAAAGUUUGACUGUAAUGUGUCUUCCUGGGGGUGUAUGAGUUCAUCUUAUUUGGAGUCCAUUGAGUUUCUUGAAUAUUUAUAUUCAUGCCUAUCAUCAAAUUUGGGAAAUUUUCAGCCAUUAUUCACAUAUUUUC